AAUGGACAGUACAGUGAAGCAGCAAAGGUAGCAGCCAAUGCACCCAAGGGUGUUCUGCGUACUCCCCAGACUAUUCAGAGGUUCCAGCAAGUACCAGCACAACCAGGCCAAACCUCCCCCCUCCUCCAGUACUUUGGCAUUCUCCUUGACCAAUCACACCUCAACAAAUUUGAGUCAUUGGAGCUGUGUCGGCCUGUCUUAGCUCAGGGGCGGAAAAACUUGCUGGAGAAGUGGCUGAAGGAGGACAAGCUGGAAUGCUCGGAGGAGCUGGGUGACCUUGUGAAGCAGGCAGACCCAACACUUGCCCUCUCUGUGUACUUACGAGCAAAUGUGCCCAACAAAGUGAUUCAGUGCUUCGCUGAAACUGGUCAGUUCCAGAAGAUCGUGCUCUAUGCCAAGAAAGUUGGAUAUACUCCAGACUAUAUUUUCCUUCUACGAAAUGUGAUGCGUGUCAACCCAGACCAAGGUUUGGCAUUUGCACAGAUGCUGGUUCAGGAUGAUGAGCCUAUGGCUGAUGUUAACCAGAUUGUUGACAUUUUCCUUGAAUCUAACUUAAUUCAGCAGUGUACUGCAUUCCUCCUGGACGCCUUGAAGAAUAACCGCCCUACAGAAGGCCCACUCCAAACACGUCUGCUAGAGAUGAACCUCAUGUCUGCUCCUCAGGUGGCAGAUGCUAUUCUAGGCAACCAGAUGUUCACUCACUAUGAUCGUGCUCACAUUGCCCAGCUGUGUGAGAAGGCUGGCCUCUUGCAGCGUGCCUUGGAACAUUACACAGACAUGUACGACAUUAAAAGAGCAGUGGUUCAUACACACUUACUAAACCCAGAAUGGCUGGUUAAUUACUUUGGGUCACUUUCAGUGGAGGACUCACUUGAGUGUCUCAAGGCAAUGCUCACUGCUAAUCUUAGACAGAAUCUGCAGAUUGUUGUACAGAUUGCAACAAAAUACCAUGAGCAGCUGACAACAAAUGCAUUGAUUGACCUGUUUGAAUCAUUUAAAUCAUUUGAAGGACUUUUCUACUUCCUUGGCUCCAUUGUUAACUUCUCCCAAGAGCCAGAGGUGCACUUUAAGUACAUUCAAGCAGCCUGCAAGACGGGACAGAUCAAGGAGGUUGAGAGAAUAUGCCGUGAAUCCAACUGCUACAAUCCAGAACGUGUGAAGAAUUUCCUGAAAGAGGCCAAACUCACUGACCAGCUUCCACUCAUCAUUGUUUGUGAUCGUUUUGACUUUGUCCAUGAUUUGGUGCUCUACCUGUACCGUAACAACUUGCAGAAAUACAUUGAGAUUUAUGUACAGAAGGUAAAUCCAUCACGUCUGCCAGUUGUUGUGGGAGGUCUUCUUGAUGUUGACUGUGCUGAAGAUGUGAUCAAGCAGUUGAUCAUGGUUGUGCGUGGACAGUUCUCAACAGAUGAGUUGGUGGAAGAGGUGGAGAAGAGGAAUCGCUUGAAGCUGCUGUUAUCAUGGCUGGAAUCUCGUAUUCAUGAGGGGGUCAAUGAGCCUGCCACACAUAAUGCGAUUGCUAAGAUCUACAUCGACUCCAAUAACAAUCCUGAAAGAUUCCUGCGCGAGAAUAGAAACUAUGAUAGCAAAGUUGUGGGCAAGUACUGUGAGAAGAGGGAUCCACACCUAGCCUGUAUUGCCUAUGAACGUGGCCAGUGUGACCGAGAACUGAUCAAUGUAUGCAAUGAGAACUCACUCUUCAAGUCAGAGGCUCGCUAUCUUGUGAGGCGAAGGGAUCCUGAGCUCUGGGCCGAGGUGCUCCAGGAGACGAAUCAGUACCGAAGACCACUCAUUGAUCAGGUUGUACAGACAGCUCUGUCAGAAACUCAGGAUCCUGAAGAUAUUUCUGUCACAGUGAAAGCUUUCAUGACUGCAGAUUUACCAAAUGAACUUAUUGAGCUUCUGGAGAAGAUUGUGUUGGAUAAUUCUGCCUUCAGUGACCACAGGAACCUCCAAAACCUCUUGAUCCUAACUGCUAUCAAGGCAGACCACACACGUGUGAUGGACUACAUCACCCGUCUUGAUAAUUAUGAUGCACCUGAUAUUGCCAACAUUGCCAUUGGGAAUCAACUCUAUGAAGAAGCUUUUGCCAUCUUUAAGAAGUUUGAUGUGAACACUUCUGCCAUUCAGGUGUUGAUUGAACACAUAUCCAAUCUGGAUAGGGCAUACGAAUUUGCUGAACGGUGCAACGAGAGUGCUGUGUGGAGUCAGCUAGCCAAGGCUCAGUUGCAGCAGUCCUUAGUUAAAGAGGCUAUUGAUUCUUUCAUCAAGGCUGAUGAUCCUACAGCUUAUAUUGAUGUUGUAGAUACAGCUCAUCGAACUGGUCACUGGGAAGACUUGGUGCGCUAUUUAGUUAUGGCACGAAAGAAGGCUCGGGAAUCAUAUGUUGAGAGUGAACUCUGCUAUGCUUAUGCCAAGACAAACAGGCUCGCAGAUCUGGAGGAGUUUAUUGCUGCUCCUAACCAUGCUGAUAUUCAAAAGAUUGGUGACCGGUGCUUCGAUGAUAGCAUGUAUGAGGCAGCCAAACUCCUUUACAACAAUGUUAGCAAUUUUGCUCGUCUGGCCAUUACAUUAGUCCAUCUGAAGGAGUUCCAGGGAGCUGUCGAAUCAGCCAGGAAGGCAAACAGCACAAGAACAUGGAAAGAAGUUUGCUUUGCAUGUGUGGACAAUGAACAGUUUCGCCUGGCUCAGAACUGUGGUCUUCACAUUGUUGUUCAUGCUGAUGAACUGGAAGACCUCAUCAAUUACUAUCAAGAUCGUGGUUACUUUGACGAGUUGAUAAACUUGUUAGAGGCUGCACUGGGCCUGGAGCGUGCACACAUGGGAAUGUUUACAGAACUUGCAAUUUUAUACUCCAAGUACAAGCCUGAAAAGAUGCGUGAACAUCUUGAGCUAUUCUGGUCCAGGGUUAACAUUCCAAAGGUUUUGCGAGCAGCAGAACAAGCACAUUUGUGGGCAGAAUUGGUGUUUCUUUAUGACAAGUAUGAGGAGUACGACAAUGCUGUUCUGACCAUGAUGGCUCAUCCAACAGAGGCUUGGCGAGAAUCGCACUUCAAGGAUGUCAUUACCAAAGUUGCCAACAUUGAACUGUAUUACAAAGCCAUUCAAUUUUAUCUGGACUACAAGCCCAUGCUGUUGAAUGACUUGUUACUUGUCCUUUCACCUAGAAUGGACCAUACUAGGGCUGUUAACUUCUUCUCAAAGGUAAACCAUCUGAAACUGGUAAAGGGUUACCUCAGAUCAGUUCAGUCUCUGAACAACAAGGCCAUCAAUGAGGCUCUUAACUCCCUUCUUAUUGAGGAGGAGGAUUACACUGGGCUCAGGACUUCCAUCGACGCAUUCGACCACUUCGAUAACAUUGCUCUUGCCCAGUCCCUCGAGAAACACGAUUUGAUAGAGUUCCGUCGUAUCGCCGCUUACCUGUACAAAGGAAACAAUAGAUGGAAACAGUCUGUAGAGUUGUGCAAGAAAGACAAGCUCUUCAAGGAUGCCAUGGAAUACGCUGCAGAGAGCAAGAAUUCAGACACAGCUGAGGAGCUACUCCAAUGGUUCUUGGAGAAUGGCAACUUUGAUUGUUUUGCUGCCUGCCUCUUCCACUGCUACGACCUGCUCCAUCCUGAUGUUAUCUUAGAGUUGGCAUGGAGGCACAAUAUUAUGGACUUUGCCAUGCCCUAUUUAAUCAAUGUGAUGCGUGAAUAUGUCACAAAGGUUAACAAACUUGAGGACCUUGAAAAGAGAAGGGGUGAAGAGAAUGAGACCAAUGAGAGCAAACCAAUGAUGAAUAUGAUUGGUGAGCCACAGCUUAUGAUCACAGCUGGCCCAGGCAUGAUGGGACCUGGCUACCCCAACGCUGGUUAUGCUAACAACAUUAACUACGGAGCUGGCAUGCCCUCCUACCAAGGCUACAGCAUGUAAACACUAAUUCAGGAUUCCCCCUGCAAGUUGAUCACCAGUGUGUGAACAUUCAGGUUGGUUCAAUAGUAAUGGUAGACUUUGUUAAACUAAGGCUACAGCUUGUAACUAAUAUAAAAAGUAAUAAUAAACAGAGCCUUUAUGAGAAUGUUCCAUAAGUUAUUGGAAAUAUAAAAGAAAAUUGUGUACCAAGUUGAUGACUUAUCCCCAGGGAUAUAAUGUGUCCAAAAUCUGCCUCUAGAGUUCCACAUGAUUAACUCCAGUAUAAAUGGGCUGAAUUUGUUAUGCCCAGUGAGAGCAAAAUACAGCUUAUUGUUGAGUAGUGUAUGGUUAGUGUGAGAAUGAGUGAGUGUGCUGUAGAGGCGGUCAGGUCAUUCACUCGGCUGUUACACAAACUGUCGUCCUGUUUGUUCAUUUUUUGUUUAUUAAUAUUAUUAUUAAAUUCCCCCCUCCCCCCUUUUCCUUCUAUAGUUCUCGUUAAAAGGAUUUAUAAAAAAAAAAAAAAGUGGAGGUGCGAGGCAAGACAUGCUGCCUCACAUGAUGGUUUUAUUAUUAUUAUUACUUUUUUUUCUGUAUUUUUUGUUGCACUUUUUAAUAGAGUUUGAAUUAAUAUAAUUUGUAUACCUUAUCAAAUGAUCCCAGUGUAUAUAGUUUAUCCCAUCAAGAUUUAUGCUGUAUGUGACGUAGCACUGUUUUGCCUUUUCCUCAGAUUGAUUUAUCAUUGGUGUCCCAGUGUAGAGAUUUUGAAGUUGAUUCUGUGAGGAUUUAGAAUAUAAUAUGUAUAUAUAGAUUAAAUCAAUAAGGAUGAUAGACAUAAUAAUUCAUGGUGAAGACAUACGGUAUCCUGUAAACCUAAUAGAUGUGAUUAUUUUCAGACUGAAGGAUAAACAUUAACCUGUCUCUGUCAAACCAUUCCUAAACUUAAUGAUUAGCGGGCUGUAAUGCUGUAUCCUUCACUCUGACAUGAGACUGAAGGUGAAAUAGCCGAAGUUUUGUCCAUUGUGUGCCUUCGAAUAGCAAAUGGAAGAAGGCUAAAAACAAAAAUGUUAAAAAAUAAAAUAAAAAGUUGUCCCUUGUUAUUGAUGAGGUAAUGCUUUCCAAAGGCCAAUGGUAUGUGUUCAAUGGUUGUUCAUUAGCAAUUUAGGGAAUUUAUAAUUGGUCUGGCUUGAGCAGCUUUCCCCCAGGGGAACAGCCUACCUCAUUGAAAUAGUUCGAAAUAAAGUGUAAGCUUGCUUCUACCUACAUUGAAGUUUUGCCAGCUAUCUGUAGUUGUACUGAGGUUGUGCAUCAGUCAGCUACCAAUAUUUAAAAGAAGAUCAAAUACUAUCUCAUCUUCAACAACCUAAUUGGCACACUUUCCCGGUGUGAUGGCUGGCAGGUAUUAUAGCAGUGUGUGGAGAGGAGAGGUAGUUGCCAGGUUUCUAUAAAUUUGUUAGAAGAAAAAUGUGUAUAGAAUUUAAAAGUCCGACAAUGAAGAACCACUGUAUGCAUUCUUUCCUAUCACCUCCACUCUUUGUCUUCAGUGACCGUGGAAUUUACUUAGUUUUUUGUUUAUUAUUAGUUUGUUAUUGUUAUUUUAUUGUCAUUACUUUUUUAUGAUUAUUGAUAGGAGAAACCCAUCCAGCGGACACUAAUUCAAGCUUGAAAGAUAGUUAUACUUAGUACCUUAGUUUAUUAUGAAGGAUAGUAUUUGUAUUUUUAAGUUGAAGCUAUUGAAAGUUUUAAUGUAUUUAUUAUUAUUAGGCAGAUGAGUUUGCAUGUACAUUUCCGUGGUGAUGAAGCCAUUCAACUCCAGCUAGGCUUCAGGAGAGACAUCUAUUGACUUCUUAACAUUCAGUGGUUGAUGCCUGAAACUUAGAGCAUAUGUACUGUGGCUACAUGUCAAGUUUAAAUAAACACUCCCACAUGAA